AGGACUUAGCAUUAGAAUACAGGCUACAAGCACCUGAGUUUAAAUCGAAGUAGCUUAGCAUCCGAUCACAAACGUGGAGCUGACAUGAGGGCAAUUUCCAAACUUCCCUGGGAUCUGUGUGGCCUCAGAUAACACACACACAGGAUAUAUAUACAGCUGAGUCCCGGAACGCAGUCUAUGAUGGUGAAUAAAAUCUUUCAUAAAAAAGUGAACUCCGUGGAACAUUCCGCAUGUCGCUGGAAAUCUGUUUGUAUCUGGAUAUAAUCUUAUGUGGACAACGUCCCUCUACAAAAUUAUAUACCUCGCUCAGGUAGCACCAGUAGAUUGACGAUUAGCCUGAGGAUGGCAGCCAUGAUGAAUAAGAAGACUUUGCACACAACACCACCUGAUGGUGGCUGGGGGUGGAUGAUUGUGGUUGGCUGCUUUCUUGUCACAGUUUGCACAAGGGCCGUUACAAGAUGCAUCUCAAUAUUCUUUGUUGAGUUCCAAAUAUAUUUUGGUCAAGAUUACUCAAGAACGGCUUGGAUACAUUCCAUUGUUGAUUGUGCCACUAUGUUGUGUGCCCCUCUUGGAAGUUAUGUGAGUAACCAUGUCUCUUGUCAAGUGGGAAUCAUACUUGGUGGACUUCUUGCAUCCACAGGACUUGUCUUGAGUUCCUUUGCUACAAGCCUGGAGUAUCUCUACCUCACAUUGGGAGUCCUCACAGGCCUGGGAUUUGCACUUUGUUACAGCCCUGCAAUUGCCAUGGUGGGAAAGUACUUUGACAAGAGAAAAGCCUUGGCUUAUGGGAUUGCCAUGUCAGGCAGUGGCAUUGGCACCUUCAUCUUAGCUCCGGUGGUUCAGGUGCUAAUUGAACAGUUUUCCUGGAGGGGAGCUCUGCUCAUCCUCGGUGGCUUUGUAGCCAAUCUUUGUGUCUGUGGUGCUUUAAUGAGACCUAUAAGCCUGAGAGAUGACUUUGCACACUCUUCACUAAAGCAGGAGCACAAUCCAAAUAACAGUACAAACACAUCUACCAAGUGUUCACCUCUGAGCCAGGACUGUAGUCACAAGAGCCUCUGCUACUGCUCCCAGAAGGAAUACAACUUUCUCCUGAAGCCAAACUUCAUUGUACUGGCUGUUUCCUUCCUCUUCUUAGCCUAUGGAUGUAGCCCUCCAUUUGUCUACCUUGUGCCUUAUGCUCUAAGUGUCGGAGUUAGCCACCAACAAGCAGCUUUUCUGAUGUCUAUUCUUGGUGUCAUAGAUAUUGUUGGGAACAUCACGUUUGGGUGGCUAACUGACAGAAGGCUCCUGAAAAAACACAGAUAUACCUGCUACCUCAUAGCUGUGGCGCUGGAUGGUCUUAGCUGCCUCUUUCUGCCAAUUCUCAAUAGCUUCCAGUUGCUUGUGCCUUUUUCUGUUACAUUUGGUUACUUUGAUGGAGCCUAUGUGGCUCUGAUUCCUGUGGUGACUGGAGAUGUAGUUGGAACAGCUCACUUAUCGUCUGCCCUCGGAGUAGUGUUUUUUCUCCAUGCGGUGCCUUAUUUAGUGAGCCCUCCUAUAUCAGGCUGGUUGGUAGACACCACAGGAAACUAUACAGCAGCAUUCAUUUUAAGUGGAUUUUCUAUGAUAUUUUGUGCUAUUUUAUUAGUUUUUGACAAACUAAUAAAGAGAAUAAAAUCCAAAGGACGUUCACGGUCAAUGCCAACCUCGGAAACCAAGCAAGAAAUCUGCACUAAUGGAGACUUAUCUUGUUCAGCAACAGAAGAGCAUAACAACGUGUAAAUGUGCCUUUAAAGUGUCUCUAAAGUGUCCAACUGACAGCAAUAUACAGUGACUGGAUUUUUCGGAAUGGGCUAUCCUAACCUAGCCA